UUAAUCAACCACACUGCACACAUAAGCUUACAGUUCCAUAUUAUGUGCGCUGUAUAAACGUGAUCUAGACAAAUUUCAGCGUCCGAUGCCCAAUCAUACCUGUGAUGAAACUCUAUGCUUUGGCUUGUUGCAUCCUGGGCUCAGUAUUAUAUGGAGUCUGUUAAUUGCAGUUGUGCCCUACAACUCAAUACUCUACGUUGUGCUGGAGCUCAGGACAUUAGGUGGCAACUCCUAGGAAAUUUAGGGUUAUGCUUCGUGUAAAGUUUCUAUUCUGAUCGUUGAUAUGUUUCAUUCAGUGUGAUGAUGGCUGUAUAUCAGAGGAAUUGGAGUGGAGUGGUUAAACUUUAAGACAGACCAACGUUGCUAACUAGAGACACACGGUUGAGUGGUUUGAGAGCUAUAGCAGCAUUGUAUAUGUGCAUGAUGCACCCUCACUGGAACGUGUGUGAGAUAUGCAUACAUAUCUAUGCUUCAGAUGACAAGUUGAAGCUGGACUGGGGAUAUAUAAAAAGGUUGAGCAUAGGCCCUUACGCCAGUCCUCUAACCUACAUACUGUUAGUUCCUACUACUUCUCAGUAUCCCCUUAUUGGCCUCAAGUCUAAAAGACUUACACAGAUUAUCACUUCAGCUGAUUGGAAUAACAUGAUGACUAUCCACGAUGACGAAUAUACGAAUAUCGAUGCAAGCAAGACGGUGAACGUUGACGAGGAUACAUACCCGAUGUACAAGCUCGAGAGCUGUCACAGGUACAGUUUGAGUGGAUAUACAGCAGCAACACCACGGACAAAGACCAAAACAAGCAUUACAGAAGAGCAAGAGCUGUAUUACCAUUUGUCAUCCUAUACCUUCCCAAAGGGCUGGUUCCAGUGCACCAGCUGUCCAUCAUCUCCAUCGCUUCGGAACGUUUUACCAGCUUCUAAAACAUCACCGAAUAAUAUUGUAUUGAAUGGCGAGUCAGCAUUACCCCAAAGAAGAAGCUUACAUCGUCGUUCGUCAGCAAUUAGCAUUUCAACGUCAGAGUCUCGCUUCUCGAGCGGUUCAGGCUCUAUCUUUGAGCGUGCAGGUACACCAGGGACUGGCAGUGCUGGUUGUAACAGUGACUUGGAGACACCAAGAACACCAACCAGCUGCUCCAAAUUCCCUUACACACUUGGCGGACUGAUUGACCUGGAUGUUGUUACGGAGGGAAGUGACACACAGCUUGUUGAGCAAUCCACGGGUGGGUAUAGCCAUGGCUCACCGUCAGAAGUUGGCGAUGUUGUGCAUGAGAUUGAAAGCAUCGACGAGACUGACGAGUGGGGCGCCGAAGAUAAAGGGCACGGCGGUGAUGAGCGCUUUGGCUGUAUCGAGGCUGGCGAUGUGUAUGCAGCCAGUGAUGACGACGACGAUGGUGAUGAUGUUGGAAGCGGCGAGGACGAGGAUGAAGGUGACUAUGUCAAUCUUGUUAACUUUCUACUCGAGAGCCGCUCACAGCGUUCGAUGGGCGUCGAUGACGACUACAACCCGUGCGACUAUGUACGCAAUGGCUUGAGGCGGCUAUAAGCUCGUGCUCAGGUGUAUAGAGAGAUUGAAAUACAGCGAUGUCUCUGCGCUUCCGCCGUAGCGAUCCCAUUCCUGUUGUUGUGUGCGUGGCUUGCACCUCUGUUGCUGAGGAGCGGGUAUAUAAAGGCCUUUGAAGCGGAGUUUUAGAUGCUUGCGUACACAACGGCUCUGCUGCACCUAAAACGCC